GAAAAAUCCAAGAAAUUAACAAUUAUCACUGAUAUCACAAACGGAACAAUGUUAGGAAAAAGAAUUAGGGCAGGGUAAAAUUGUAAUUUUACCCAAUGCAGACUUUCCUGAUGAACUACCGAUACUCGAACAACAAAGUUCAAUGGAUAAUCAAUCAGUUGAUAACCUACCAAGUCAAUCUACACCUGAUACGACCAGAACCAGAAUUAGACGUAAUAAUAAUAAUUUAGAUUCCCCUCAAGCAAGUACGUCCAGAUCGAUUACAGUUUUACGCCCUCGUAUCCUACACCUGUCAAAUCAGUCGAUGGAAAUCAGUGACGAGGACAGUGAUAAUGAAUUGAGUAUUGUGGAAGAAAUCCGAAAUGAUCAAGUAAUUCUACCCUCAUUAGCGGGUGAUGCUACGACUACAAUCAUAAAUAUAUCACGAUCAAGUUGCUUUCGUGAAUUGAUUAAUAUUUAUGACAAUAAUGAAAUUAUGAAUACGAGAUUAAAUAUCCAUUUCGUUGGAGAGAUAGGCAUUGACGGCGGUGGAUUAACGAAAGAAAUUUUUAAUAUUUUUUUCGAGCAGUGUGGGAAUAUCUAUUUUCUUGGUGAUGACUGUUUGGUACCUUAUUUGCCACUAAACAAACGAAUGGAAAUUAAUAAUGUCGUUCCAAUGAUGAUUGCGCCAGAUUAGACUAAGGCAUUCGAUUGUGUUGAUCAUAGCAUUUUACUUCAAAAAUUGUAAUAAGUUAGUUGGUUUUAGGGGGCACUGCAAGCGAGCUUUUUUCGGAUUACUUAGAUAAUAGAUACCAAAGAGUUGAAACUAGUUAUAUUCGAAUUGAAUUGAAUCAAAGUGGCAGAAAAGUACCCUGAUUUAUUCGAAGGAUUUGAACAGGGCUACUUCGGUGAUAAAAGGACAACUAAGCAACUUUCAAGGCAACCCAUUGAUUUGGUUUUAAAACAGACUAUUGAUACAGAUGCUGCACGAAGGCUCACAGGUAUUAUUAACUUUACUAAUUCAAUAUCAGCACGCCAACGGUGGCCUCGAAACCCCGAUAUGAGAUGUACAUUAAUUAGUCACGUUUACCAAGAAUUGGGACUAAAAACUCACCAAGAUGUUUCAGCGGAUUUGAAUCAGCAA